CACAGAUUGUACAUUACAGCAGCACCUAGAACUCUCUGGAUGUUGCCUUCUGGGGUCCACAAAUGUCAAAUUUCUGCCAAUUUUUCAACCAGUAAACUUUUGGACUAGUUUUUAUUUCCAAGUCUUAAUUAAGACAGACUCACAGUCUAAGUUCAUUGCCAAAACCUGAUUCUGUACUGAGUGAGUUUCGAGUUCAUCAAUUUUCAUUUGGUUUCUCAGAAGGUCUCGCUAAGAUACACUGCAAAUUAAUCCGAGUUUUUUUUUUGUGUCAUGUUCUAUAUUUAGUUAUUAAUGAUAAUCUAAUGAAUGCAGGGUUUUAUUAAACUAUAAUGGGGAAAUCAUAUCCGAAAGUGAGCCCGGAAUAUGAAAAGGCCGUGGAAAAAUGCAAGAGGAAGCUGAGAGGUUUGAUUGCUGAGAAGAAUUGCGCCCCUUUGAUCCUCCGAUUGGCAUGGCAUGCAGCAGGGACUUAUGAUGUUAAAACAAAAACUGGGGGACCAUUUGGGACGAUUAGGCACCCUCAAGAGCUUUCUCAUGAAGCCAACAACGGCCUUGAUAUUGCUGUUAGACUUUUGGAACCAAUCAAGCAGCAAUUCCCGGAAUUGACCUACGCCGAUUUCUAUCAGUUGGCGGGAGUUGUUGCCGUUGAAGUUACUGGAGGCCCUGAAAUUCCAUUUCAUCCGGGGAGACCUGACAAGAAUGAGCCUCCUCCAGAAGGCCGCCUGCCUGAUGCCACCAAAGGAACUGACCAUUUGAGGGAAGUUUUUGGACAUAUGGGAUUGAGUGACAAGGAUAUUGUGGCUCUUUCUGGUGGGCAUACCUUGGGAAGGUGCCACAAGGAACGUUCUGGAUUUGAGGGACCCUGGACAACAAAUCCACUUAUCUUUGACAACUCCUACUUCAAAGAACUCUUGAGUGGAGAGAAAGAAGGCUUGAUUCAACUUCCAUCAGACAAAGCACUGUUGGAAGAUCCAGUGUUCCGUCCCUUAGUUGAGAAAUAUGCUGCUGACGAAGAUGCAUUCUUCGCCGACUAUGCUGAAGCUCAUCUCAAGCUCUCCGAACUUGGGUAAGGGAUUUUUCUUUGUUUCUAUUUUUUUGGUUUCAAAACUCUGAUCUCAACAGUUCAAUGCUGAAUGUUGAAAGUGCCGUGUCAAAGUAAAAUAUAAUCUCACUCAACUGUCUUAGCACUCAAUCUCAUCGGGCAUUUGUCUUCUGUAUCUUCUAAUUGUUGGAUUUGGGAACGUGUUGAAUUCUAUUCAGAUUCGCGGAGACGGAGUGAAGUUCUUAUGAGGACACCAAUCCAGCAGCAUGAGUUCCCCCCAUGUUUGUUAAUGAAUGAGCUUAAAAAGUAUUUGCAGUAGCUGGAGUCAGGAGAUUUGAUCUUAUUGUCCCCAUUCCAAUGUAACCAUUUCGUGUACUUCAUAUAUGUUGGACUAGUAAUAAAAAUAGAUCAGCCUUUUGUAAUGGGUUUUCUUAUAGUUUUUAUCUGGGGGAUCUUGACUGCCUGUUUUGCUGUUUUUUCACUUCUGUGAAAUGCUCUACUGCGACGGUUUAAUAGUUUGUCCAGUGGCCGGCUUUUUUUUUCUUUUUUUCUUUUCCCCAACAACUCUCAAGAACGGCCCAUUCAAUUCUUCUUCAGUGAGGCACAUAUAAUCAACUCGAAAUUUUCGAAGAAUAGUUCGAUUGAAGUUUCGACUUGUCAUUAUUGAAAUUUUUCUAGUUCAAUUCUAUGUUAAUCCGACUGGUUUGGAAAACCACAAAUUAAAUGCAUUUUGACAAAGGUACUUGCUUUCAAUCUGCACAUCAUCAUCAAAGACAUACCUCCAGCCGAUGAUAAAUUUGGCCACCGUCGGACACGGCCACAGAUCGGCCAUCAUCGUAAGCUACCCGGGCGCUGGAGACGGCCACAGAUCGGUCAAUAGUGAAGAAGAAACUUCAAUCCGACAGCUCCGUGUUACUCUAAUUCAUCCGAAUCACCCUUUAGAAGCAUUACAGGAAGUUGAGGAAUGGAAUCAAAUGGAAUCCUUAAACCACCUGUACAAUUCAUGCUUUCUGCCGUCAAAGACGUCAGAGUGUAGCACUCCUUUUUCGGAUUUUCACUGCUAUUGAGAAAAUGGGUAUGUUGUUUUUACUAAAGGGUAUUAGUGUAAUUUGACCCUUAAAAAGUCAAAUUGGACAAUAAUUUUGGGACAAAAUUUUUUUGACAAAUUGGACAAUAAUUAUGGGACGGAGGGAGU